AUGGAUACACCACCAGUCAAUUCAAUGGGAGAGAAGGACAGCUGUCAAUCGCAACAAGGGGAAAAGAACCUUAAAUUACCUACUCAGAUUAGGCAGCAUCCGCGAGACUCUCCUACGGAAAUCCUUGAACUGAGAGUGAGCCCAGAUCCAGCUAGCCAAAUUCUAGAGAAUCCUCAGCAAACUGAAAAACUGGCCGCUGAACUUGAAAGAGACUCUGCUAAGUCUCAUGGAUCAGCCAGUGUGAUGUCAGAGCCUCUUCAAGCUUCUGAUCUCUGGUACUGUCCUGAUGGCAGCUUUGUCAAAAAGAUCGUAGUCCGUGGCCACGGCUUGGACAAACCCAAGCUGGGCUCCCGCUGCAGGGUACAAGCUUCUGGAUUUCCUUUGGGGUUAGGGCUGCCAGAGGGCUGGACAGAGCUAACUGUGGGGUUAGGCCCAUGGAGGGAGGAAACUUGGGGGGAGAUCAUAGAGAAAUGCUUGGAGUCCAUGUGUCAAGGCGAGGAGGCAGAGCUUCAGCUCCCUGGGCGCUCUGGACUUCCUGUCAGGCUCACACUGGCCUCGUUCACUCAGGGUCGAGACUCCUGGGAGCUGGAGGACACCGAGAAGGAGGCCUUGGCCAGAGAAGAACGUGCAAGGGGCACAGAAUUAUUUCGAGCGGGGAAUCCGGAAGGAGCUGCCCGAUGCUAUGCACGGGCUCUUCGGCUGCUGCUGACCUUACCCCCACCUGGCCCUCCGGAACGAACUGUCCUUCACGCCAACCUGGCUGCCUGUCAGUUGCUGCUAGGGCAGCCCCAAUUGGCGGCCCAAAGUUGUGACCGGGUGCUGGAGCGGGAGCCUGGCCACAUAAAGGCGUUGUACCGAAGGGGCGUUGCCCAGGCUGCUCUUGGAAACCUGGAAAAAGCAAUGACUGACCUCAAGAAGGUGUUGGCCGUAGACCCCAAAAACCGGGCAGCCCAGGAGGAGCUGGGAAAGGUGAUCAUUCAGGGGAAGAAACAGGAUGCAGGGCUGGCUCAAGGACUGCGCAAGAUGUUUGGCUGA